UAGAAAUGUAUUAAACAUACUUUAAAAAAUGAAAGGAUAUAUUUCAUUUGCAGAAAUAUAAAAUUAAUAAUCCAAAUGAAUGUGAAAGUUUUUACUAUGGAAUAUUAUUUAAAUUAGCUCAAAAACAUUUGGAAUUGCAGGAACAAGGAGGAUAUUUAACUAGAAAUAAUCAUCUAUCCUUUUGUUUCAAGAAGUUGCAUAAAUAAAUCCAAAAGUAUCAUUGAGCUAAGACAUAGUGCUUCGAUAUUAAAAUUAUACGCAAUGCCCAGUGCUUCGUUCUCUUCAUCACGAACAUACAGACGUUCAAAAAGGAAAGGAUCGAAUCGAAAUAACUCAGAUGCGUAUGAACCACCGAAUUGCCAAAAUAUUCCCGCACCAAAUGUUGGAACUGCUCCAUCUAUAAAUAAUUCAUCUUCAAAUCCGGAUACUUCCAGUUCGUCAAGUUCGAGUGGUAGUAAUCCAACAAUUCCAAAUACAACUUCGGCAUCAACCGCCGCGUCAACAAAUGUGUCAUCAAAUGAAGCUCUACCAAGCAAUUCUAGUUCGUCUUCAUCUGCAAAUUGCCAUCACUCGCCAUAUGAUUUAAGAAAAAAGUCUACAACAUGUAAUAAUAAUAAUAAUACUAAUACAAGUAGUGAAAAUUGGCUUGCCUGCAUUGCUGGUUCGAGCAGUAGUAGCUCAACAUGCACAUCUGGUCAACUCUCGUCUUCACACAGCCAUCACCAUUAUUCUUUAGCUAAUAAUAAUAAUAAUGCAAAUUUUGAUUAUCUCCCCGCAAGAAAACGUCCGAGACGAACGUAUUCCAGCAAUAAUGAUGCAUCUGCUACGACAAUGAGUUCUGCACAUUAUCUUCAAUAUGAAAUGCCCGAUGAAGUUUUGCUGACAAUAUUUAGCUACUUAUUAGAACAAGAUUUAUGUCGCGUAUCAUUAGUAUGUAAACGUUUUCAAAUCAUCGCGAAUGAUUGUGGAUUGUGGAAGAGACUUUAUCAAAAUGUCUACGAAUAUGAUAUGCCAUUAUUUAAUCCCGAGCAUAAUAUUAUGAAUUUUGUUAAAGUAGAAGACUGCGACUUUACUAAUCCAUGGAAAGAAAGCUUUCGACAAUUGUAUCAUGGUAUUCACGUUCGUCCCGGAUAUCAGGAUAAGAAAUAUCAAGGCAGAAAUAUUUUGUAUUUUAAUACUGUACAAGCAGCACUUGAUUAUGCUGACGAGAGAAAUGCUGCACAUAAUUCAAGUGGAAAUGCUCAAAUAAAUGGAGUCAAUAGUGCCAAUAAUAAUAGCUUAUCGAUACCACCUACAUCACCUAAUAUUUUAUUAAAUGACGAAAAUUCAUCUGUUCAAGGCCUGCCUAGUACUUUAAUAUUUUUACAUACCGGAAUAUAUCGCGGUGAAUUUCUUGUGAUUGAUUCCGAUAUCACAUUAAUUGGUGCUGCGCCUGGAAAUGUUGCAGAAUCUGUAAUUUUAGAACGCGAAUCAGAAUCAACAGUUAUGUUCGUUGAAGGCGCUAAAAACGCUUAUAUCGGACAUAUGACUCUUAAAUUCUCUCCCGACAUCACAAGUACUGUACCACACCAUAAGCAUUAUUGUCUCGAAAUAAGUGAAAAUUGUAGUCCAACAAUAGAUCAUUGCAUCAUCCGAAGUACUUCUGUUGUUGGAGCGGCUGUUUGUGUUAACGGUGUCGCUGCAAAUCCUCAUAUAAAAUAUUGCGAUAUAAGUGAUUGCGAAAAUGUAGGUCUGUAUGUGACAGAUUAUGCUCAAGGAACAUAUCAGCACAACGAGAUUAGUCGUAACGCAUUAGCUGGAAUCUGGGUGAAAAAUUUUGCGUCUCCAAUUAUGCGCGACAAUCACAUACAUAACGGCAGAGAUGUCGGGAUUUUCACGUUCGACAAUGGAAUGGGAUACUUUGAAAAAAAUGAUAUUCAUAAUAAUAGAAUUGCGGGCUUUGAAGUAAAGGCAGGAGCAAAUCCAACGGUUGUCAAAUGUGAAAUCCAUAAUGGACAAACCGGUGGAAUUUACGUGCAUGAGAACGGCUUAGGACAAUUUAUCGAGAAUCGAAUACAUAGCAAUAAUUUUGCCGGUGUAUGGAUAACAUCUAAUUCAAAUCCUACAAUACGUAAAAAUGAAAUUUACAACGGUCAUCAAGGUGGCGUGUAUAUCUUUGGAGAAGGGCGAGGAUUAAUUGAGCACAACAACAUCUACGGAAAUGCUCUUGCUGGCAUUCAAAUUCGUACUACUUCCGAUCCAAUUGUAAGACAUAAUAAAAUAUAUCAUGGUCAGCACGGUGGGAUUUAUGUUCAUGAAAAAGGUCAAGGACUAAUAGAAGAAAAUGAAGUCUAUGCAAAUACUCUAGCCGGGGUUUGGAUCACAACAGGAAGCACUCCCGUGCUAAGACGAAAUCGUAUUCAUUCCGGAAAACAGGUUGGGGUUUAUUUCUAUGAUAACGGUCACGGAAAGCUUGAAGAUAAUGACAUCUUCAAUCACUUAUAUUCUGGUGUUCAAAUUCGAACUGGAUCUAACCCAAUUAUAAAAGGGAACAAAAUUUGGGGUGGUCAAAACGGAGGCGUUUUAGUCUAUAAUGGAGGUCUUGGGAUUUUAGAGCAAAAUCAAAUUUUCGAUAAUGCGAUGGCUGGUGUCUGGAUUAAAACCGAUUCUAAUCCUACGUUAAGCCGAAAUAAGAUUUAUGAUGGCAGAGAUGGAGGAAUUUGUAUUUUCAAUGGAGGCAAAGGAAUCUUAGAAGAAAAUGAUAUUUUUCGUAACACACAAGCCGGUGUUUUGAUUUCUACUCAAUCUCAUCCCGUACUAAGACGAAAUAGAAUUUUUGAUGGUUUGGCAGCUGGCGUAGAAAUAACAAAUAAUGCAACAGCCACUUUAGAAAACAAUCAGAUUUUUAAUAAUAAAUUUGGAGGACUAUGUCUUGCAAGCGGUGUUCAACCUAUCAUACGUGGUACAAAUAAAAUUUUCAAUAAUCAUGAUGAAGUAGAGAAAGCUGUUAGCAGUGGUCAAUGUCUUUACAAAAUAUCAUCCUACACAUCAUUUCCAAUGCAUGACUUCUAUAGAUGCUUGUCAUGCAACACUACUGAUCGUAAUGCAAUCUGUGUUAAUUGCAUCAAGAUUUGUCAUCAGGGUCACGAUGUGCAGUUUAUUCGACACGAUAGAUUUUUUUGCGACUGUGGAGCAGGCACACUUACCAAUCAGUGUUCACUUCAAGGCGAACCGACUCAAGAUACUGAUACUCUUUACGAUUCAGCAGCUCCAAUGGAAUCUCAGACUAAGGAAAAUUGGUAAAAAGUUACAGUUACGAAGUUAAUAUAAAAAAAUCACAGAC